AUGGAAAACUUAAGAGAUAUUCAUAGAGCAUGGGGGCGUACACUUUCACUUGCACCGCCAUACCAACAACCGGAAACACCACCAACCAUGCCGCCGCCGCCACCGACACUUGAUCAAUCUCCACCCGAAUGGACAAUAUGGGGACGUACACUUUCACUCUCGCUACCAUACCAACACCCGGAAACACCACCACCACCGCCACUUGAAGAAGAAUCUCAGCCGCAGACUAGUCGUAAACGUAAGCAUUCUUCUAACCCUAAGAAACAAAACUGGGCAGAGACAAUAAACCCACCUUUUCCAUGGGCUACUUGUAAACGUGCCAAAGUUUAUACCAUUCACCACUUGCUAUCUAAAGGCUUCAACACAAUUAGUGGAAAGGUUGAAUGCGGAAAAUGCGAUUUUCAAAGCGUUCUUGAAUUUGAUUUGAACGAAAAGUUUAAUGAAGUUGUUGAGUUCAUUGAAAACAACAAGAACGACAUGAAUGAUCGUGCACCUGAGGCUUGGAUGAAUCCUAUGCUUCCAAAGUGCGAAAAGUGUGGACAAGAAAACGCUAUGAAUCCAAUAAUCACAAAGAAGAGAACAAUCAAUUGGUUGUUUUUGUUGUUGGGUCAGAUGAUUGGGUGUUGCAAGCUUCAACAUUUGAAAUAUUUCUGCAAACAUAGCAAUAUUCAUAGGACUGGUGCCAAAAAUCGUUUGAUUUAUCUUACUUACGUCGACUUGUGCAGACAACUCCAACCAGAUUUGGUCCUGUUGAAACAACUCUAG